AUGGCGAGCCCGGCGCGGUAUUGUUCAUCAUGCCUUUUAAGCAUCACAUCGCCUUCAGCUCUCACACCACAAGUUCGACAUGCAACCCAAUCAUUAAAUGCUCUCAAAUAUAGGCGAAAGGAGGUGUCUGCCGCGAAGAAGAAGAAGGCGAAGACGACAUUUGAUGAGCCAGAUCUGAGGGAUAUGCAACAAUUCUCGCUCGUCGACGCAAUGCGAUACCUCCGUGCUGCUGAAGUCGGACGAGAACCUGCCUCCAUGAAAUACGAACUUGCUCUACGACUUAAAACAGCCAAGAACGGCGCUGUACUCCGAAACCGUCUCCGAUUACCACAUCCCGUGCGAACAAAUCUACGGGUCGCCGUCUUUUGCGAGCCCAACAGCGAUGUCGCGGCAGCCGCGCUGCGAGCGGGGGCGAGUGUCGUCGGCGAUGAUGCGCUUUUCGAAGACAUUAAAGCUGGCAAGAUUGACUUCGAAAGGGCAAUAUGUCACGUUGGCACCACAAGCAAACUCAACAAAUCCGGAGUCGCAAAAGUUCUUGGACCUCGAGGGAUGAUGCCGUCAGCGCGGAUGGGCACCGUGGCAACAGAUGUGGCUGCGGCACUGCGGAACAUGCAUGGAGGAACGGAAUUUCGAGAACGUACAGGUGCUGUGCGCGUAGCGAUUGGGCAGUUGGGCUACUCACCGGAUCAAUUGUCUGACAACAUCAAGGCUCUAUUAGCUCUUAUAAAGAAGGACAUGGGUGCGCUCAGCGACCGAACGCCGAAGGAGAUCCACGAGAUUGUCUUGAGCAGUACGAAUGGUCCGGGCUUCAGCCUGAAUGGCGAUUUCGGAGACCCAAAGCUGCUCGAGAGUGUCAACUGA